AUGGCAACUAAAGGCAAAACCCCGAUCCCGAGUGGGAAACCCUUGGACGACAACAUCGAUGACUUGGCGUGGGAAGCAGAGCAAUCACAAUUCUACACCCACACCCAACAUGCUCUAGGCUUUUGGGAGGCCGUCAACCUCUACCGACCAGCCGCCAUCUGGUCCCUGAUGAUUAAUGUCGCCGUUGUCCUCAAAGGGUUCGAUGGGGCUCUCGUCGGUAGCAUUGUCGGCUUGGACCCGUUCAAGAAACAGUUUGGCUACCUCUACAAUGGCGAGUACGUCGUGAGCGCAGCGUGGAACGGAGCCUUCAAUUACGCCAACAGCAUUGGUGGUGUCGUCGGUGCCUUGUUUGCCGGCUGGGUGUACGAUCGAUUCGGGCCCAAGAUUACCCUGGCUGCUUGUUCUCUACUUUCAAUCGCCUGUAUCUUCAUGGAGUUCUUCGCUGAAACCCCUGUCGUUCUCUUUCUCGGGGAGCUCUUCAACGGUACAGUCAUCGCGUUCUAUCCCGUCGUCGGCUCCGCCUACAUUGGUGAAGUCUGCCCGCUUGUGCUCCGUGGCGUCGCGGGGUCAAUGGUCAAUCUGGGAUUUGUGGUCGGUCAGCUUAUCGCAUCGGCAGAGCUUAAAGGGACCGACAGUCUCGACUCGAAAUGGGCUUAUAAAGCCCCAUACGCGUCGCAAUGGGCGCCCGCAGUCCUCAUCCUGGCUUUCAUUGCGUUCUGCCCCAACUCUCCGUGGUGGCUCUGUCGGAAGGGCCGCGUCGACGAUGCCAAAAAAGCUCUGGCCCGAUUUACUUCCCCAUGUUCAAACAUCGACGUAACCCCAACUCUCGCCAAUAUCCAGCACACACUGCGCCUGGAGAAACAGCUCACAAAACACCACAACUACCUGGAUGUCUUUCGCGGGCCUAACCUCCGCCGCCUUAUUAUUGCGGUCAUGGUCUACAGCAUCCAACCACUCUCCGGCCAAGUGCUGUACGUAAACUACGCGGUUCAAUUCUUCCAGCGCGCGGGCCUCGAUCCUUCAGACGCCUUCUCCAUGAACGUUGGCUUGACAGCAGUAGGCUUUGUGGGAACAAUCCUUUCGUGGCCGUUAAUCUCUAAGCUCGGUCGCCGCCCGCUCUAUAUCUGGGGAACCCUCGCCAUCGCCCUCCUCCUCUUCCUCAUUGGUAUCCUUGAUCUAAUCCCGCAAACGAAUUCAGGUCCCAUCUGGGCUCAAUGCUCCCUCAUCCUCGUCUGUCUCUUCACCUAUGACAUCACGAUCGGCCCUGCCUGUUUCACGAUCCUCACUGAAAUACCGGCCGUACAGCUGCGGGGAAUGACGAUUGGCCUUGCGACUGUUUCAUGUCAUAUCUGGAAUAUUAUAUUCGGUGUCAGUAUACCUUAUGCAAUUGAUCAGGAUCAGGGCAACUGGAGGGGAAAGGUCGGUUUCUUGUUUGCCGGCAUCGCGGUGGUUUGCAGUGCGUGGUGUUGGUUUUGUUUACCGGAGACAAGGGGGAGGACGUUUGAGGAGUUGGAUGUGCUGUUUGAGAAGGGGGUCGAUAGUCGGAAGUUUGGGAGAUAUUCCCUGGAGGAUGGGAGGACUGGGGCAUGA